UACAAAUAAUUAUCUUCAGCAGCAACAUCAGCUGGAAAAAGCGCAAAUAUCGCAUCGAUAGAAAUUUGCAGUUUAAAUCAAAAUCAUUGAAAGAAAGUGUUAAAAAAAUAAGAAAGAGUAAGAAAAGCUUCCUAUGAUAUGGCAUGGCAUCGAUAAUGUACGAAAAUUAAAUUUGAAAUAUCAAAAGCAGAUCAUUGCUGUGCUCAUUUGCCAUCAUACAGUAGCAGUUCAGUUCAAAAGGUGGCAAGGUUGCAAUAGCGCAUAGAAGCGAGGAAGAAUUCGUUCCUCCUUUUGCGGAUAAGGCCGGCCCGUGGCCUGAGGCGGUGUAGUGUGCGCGCGUUCGUACGUACGUGUGCGGUGAGUGUGUGAGAGCACCUGUCGGAGUAGUGAGUUUGGCCAGUGUUGCCAAACGCAUCUUUUCGCGUUAAAUUACCCGCGUUGUUUCUGGUAAACCAAGUCGAUUUAGGUUCGUGCGACGUUGAAAGUUUCGAAUAAGUGUUGCCACCUUGCUACUUUUUUCGUGUAUUUGUGUGUUUGUUGCUACGAAAAUUAAAAGCAAACGACAACUAUUGUCGCAACUGCCAUCGGUUUUUCUUUACAUUUUUGCUGUCGCCGUAAUGUGGUGUGUCUUUGGUCGCGGCAGCAUAAGCAGCAGCACCGGCACCGGCAGCAGCAGCAGCAGGAGCAGUAGUUCGGCAUGAAAUGGAAGCGGCCAUACGCUCAUCAGUGCAGGUCGGUGGUCCACCACCAACAUCAGGUGGUCAACAGCAGCAGCAGCAACACCACCACCAACAACAACAACAGCAGCAGCAGCGCGGUGGCAAUCAACAGCCACAGUCGCACUUGCAUGAUAAUGGACCAUCGCCUCAGCAUCAACAGCAACAGCAACAACAGCAUCAGCAUCAGCAGCAACAACAACAACAGCAGCAGCAGCAGCAGUAUCAUCAACAACUCAGUAACCUACCCACGCACCUCCAUCCACAUCACCCACCACCGCAAGCGCAGCAACAAACUGCUCAGCAACAGCAGCAAAAUAAUAGCGGCAGUAAUAACGCGCAGCAGCAGCACCAACAACAGCAACAGGCCAAUAUGUCGGCCUAUCAGCAGCGCAUGGCGCCUGGACCGUCGCAGAUUCACAGGUAAAUAUUGCACAGAUUUUCGUUAAAUUCGACUUUUGUGUCAUUCUUUGUAUGCG